UCCAAAUAUUGCCGCCACGAUGAAGUUAAUCCUCUCUACCUCCAACCUAAUGACCAGCGGCUCGACCGUGAUCCGCCCACCCACCGAAAAGUCCAACGUCGAACUGAUCAACUCGCUCCGCGCCAACCUGCACGCCGCCCAAUCCACCUCCCCAAGCGACUACACCACCUGGACCAAAUCCAGCCCCCACGCGCUCUACAUCCCGGCCACCGACUUCGCCCAGGGCCUCUCGGAAGAACGCUCCCAAUACGACAUCACCGUCAAACUAUUCUACCUCCCGGGGAUCCCGGCGUCUCGGCGAUGCGCACACACCCGCGAAGCCAUCGAUCUCGUCCUCAAAGAACUCCACGUCGACUCGAUUGAUCUGCUGAUCGUCUCGUUCCCGGGGAUUUUGUUCGACGCGGACGAUGAUAGCGAGGAGGAGGAGGAAGGCUCCUCCGACAAUGGCAGCGAGGAACCGGAUGACUUUGACAGUAUUAUCCAGACGUGGCGCACACUCGAAGAAUUGCAAGAGCAGGGGAUGAUUGCGCAGUUAGGGGUCGCAGAGUUUGGGAGUGAGAGGCUGGCGAGAUUUCUCCCCCAUACGAAAGUGAAGCCCUCGGUGGAUCAGAUCAAUUUGAAGGAUUGUUGUGUCGUGCCUAAGUCGUUGAUUCUUUAUGCCAAGCAGGAACAUAUUCAGUUGCUGACGCAUAAUGAUUGCAAUGAUGUUUUGCCGGUGGGGACGACGAGGGAGUUGUUGGGGCCCGGCGAAAAGGGCGUGGGGAUUUUGGCCUCGGCGCCGGAUAAGGAUGAUGGGAUUCAGGGGGAUGUGGAGCCUCAGUGGGUGGUUAAGUAUACGGCUGUGGUGAAGGAUCGGGGUGUUGUCGAGAAUAAGGGCUAUUUUGCCCUGGCGGAUGUAGGCAGUUGUGUGGUGAAGCCGUAGACUGGAUUUAUAUUAGAAUCUUUGGAGCAGAGCACGGCGGCGUUUAGGUAUCUAAUGAGUCAUGAAUACCCUACCACUAUACAACUCAUAUCCAUACCACAUAUCAAG